UCUCCCACUUUCGUCCACAGAGUGUCCCCCUUUCAGAGAGGCAACGGCAAACUCGAGGAGAAAAUGUUUACGAAUAAUUAAAUCGGAAAAGGGAAAGAAUGGAGGAAACUGAGAUCGGAACCCUAGCAAUCGAAGCGAGAGGUUGAGGACAAUAGCAAUCGAUCAGUUUCAUCUCAAUUUGUUGCAGUAAUUUUGUUUUGAAUUCGUUCGCAACAUCAAAAAUGGUGAAGAAACGUGUGCCGGAUUGGCUGAAUAGCUCUCUCUGGUCCUCCACUCCUUCCGUUGACGACGAUCGCCUCCACCGCUACAAUUCUGAGCCGGCCGCCACCACGUCGUCGCCGGAACCUUUUGUCGAACCUCCGGUUCCGAUUCCUCCUCCGUCUGUGAGCACUGCCAUUAGAACCGAGUCUCCCAAGUCUGAUACUAGAGAAUCCAGGGCUAAUAACAAUGUCAGCAACGACGAUAAUGGCACUCCCUCAGGUCCUUCUGCUGAGGACGUAUCUCGCCAGGCGCAGCUUCUUGUUGAGUUGUCGAAGAAGGUCAUAAAUCUGCGUGAAUUGCGUAAAAUUGCGUCUCAGGGCAUACCGGAUGGUGCAGGAAUUCGUUCAACCGUCUGGAAGCUCCUAUUGGGUUAUCUGCCACCAGAUCGUGGAUUCUGGCCUUCUGAGUUAGCUAAAAAGAGGUCUCAAUACAAGCAUUUUAAAGAAGAGCUUUUGAUGAAUCCUUCAGAAAUUUCCAGGAGGUUGGAGAAGGCCAAAAGCUACGAGCAUGAUGAAACAAACAAAGGUCAGCUCUCAAGGUCAGAAAUAAGUCAAGAGGAGCAUCCUUUAAGUCUUGGGAAAACCAGCAUCUGGAACCAGUACUUCCAGGACUCUGAGAUUAUAGAACAGAUUGACCGAGAUGUGAAGCGUACUCAUCCAGAUAUGCACUUCUUCUCUGGGGACUCAUCACUUGCAAAAUCUAACCAGGAGGCUCUGAGAAACAUCUUAAUUGUGUUUGCGAAGUUGAAUCCUGGAAUUAGAUAUGUUCAAGGGAUGAAUGAACUUUUAGCUCCUCUAUUCUAUGUAUUUAGAAGUGAUCCAGAUGAGGAUAAUGCGGCAUCUGCUGAAGCAGACACGUUCUUUUGUUUUGUUGAGUUGUUGAGUGGAUUUAGGGAUCAUUUCUGCCAGCAAUUAGAUAAUAGUGUUGUGGGAAUCCGCUCCACAAUCUCAAAGUUAUCUGAACUUCUGAAGGAGCAUGAUGAAGAGCUCUGGCGUCACCUUGAGAUAACAACCAAAGUAAACCCCCAGUUUUAUGCAUUUAGGUGGAUCACUCUCCUCUUGACCCAAGAGUUCAAUUUUGCAGACAGCCUCCACAUUUGGGAUACAAUUUUGAGUGAUCCUGAGGGGCCUUUAGAAACACUUCUCCGAAUAUGCUGCUCGAUGUUGAUUCUCAUUAGAAGACGCCUACUUGCAGGCGAUUUUACAGCAAAUCUCAAACUGCUCCAACACUACCCCCCAGCGAACAUCAGUCAUUUGCUCUACGUCGCAAACAAGUUGCGUAAACAACCGUCAAUCUGAUCUCCUUUUCCACACGUAGUGCAUCGAUUUCCCGUUUGAUUCUUCCUUUCUCUAAAACGUUCUAGUUUGGUUCUGUUAAUGGAUGUAAAUGUUGGCUGAGAGAAUGACUUAUAGGGGCAGGAUAUAAAAAGAUUGUUCUUUAGGUGCUGACUUGUAGUUUGUGUUUACAGGACAAUUGUGUAUCUUUUUCUGAGAGAUUAGUGAUUGAUAUCUAGAAACAAGUUCCGAUCCUUGUGUAGUUGCACAAUUUUGGCUCAUUGUUUAUUUCAAUUUCCUUGGUUGAACUUC